AUGAGCGAGGGAAUGCCGAACAAUAAUGCGAAUAACACGACGGAGCUCCGGUAUCGAGGCGUCCGGAGGCGGCCGUGGGGGAAGUACGCGGCGGAAAUCCGUGAUUCGGCUAGGCAGGGUGCGAGGGUUUGGCUAGGGACGUUUAAUACUGCGGAGGAUGCGGCUAGAGCUUAUGAUCGUGCAGCUUAUUCCAUGAGGGGUCACUUGGCGGUGUUGAAUUUUCCUGAGGAAUAUAAUUUGCCGAGUGGGGGCCUUUCGGAUCAUUUUUCUGGUUAUUCGGCUUCUGCUUCGGGUUCUGGUUCGGGUUCGGGUUCGAGUUCCUCGUCUGCAAUGCAGGGGAGUAACGAGGAAGGCAAAGAGGUGAUUGAGUUCGAGUACUUGGAUGAUCAGGUUCUAGAAGAUCUUCUUGAUUUUGACCAGCCCAAAAACAAUAACAGAAGGAAGAACAAGUGA